UCACCUGCUGCCGUUGUCGCCGCCGCCGCCGCCGCCGGGACUGGAUGGGGGCCCGAGGCAGGCCAGUGGCACCCGGAAGAAAGAGACGCGGCGGCGGCGACGCCGACACCUGCAGGACUAGUGUCCCGAGUUGCCUGAGCGCCCAAGGAGGAGGCGGCGAGGCCAGUCCACCGCAGUCACUGGUGUAGAGCAGGCGCCGCCGCGACAGUGACUCCCUGGGUACCCGAUCCUCAGGCUUCAUUCACACUCAGGACCCGGUGCUGCGCCAUGUUCAGGAAACUGAAGCAAAAGAUCAGCGAGGAGCAGCAGCAGCUCCAACAGACGCUGGCUCCUCAGGCAUCCUCCAAUUCUUCAACACCAACAAGAAGCAGAAGCAGGACAUCUUCAUUUACCGAGCAACUUGAUGAAGGUACACCCAAUAGAGAGAAUUCAUCUAUCCAUGCCGUGAGAUCUCUCGACAGUAUUAAUGGAAGUGAACCAGCUACUCCUCAGGCCGGUGAUACACAGUCUUUUGCUCAGAAGCUCCAGCUCCGGGUACCUUCUGUGGAAUCUUUGUUUCGAAGUCCGAUAAAGGAAUCCCUAUUCCGAUCUUCCUCAAAAGAAUCCUUGGUACGAACAUCUUCCAGAGAGUCCCUUAACCGACUGGAACUGGACAGUUCUUCUUCCACCUUUGAUCCACCAUCUGAUAUGGAGAGUGAGGCUGAGGACUCAGUAGGGAAUUCAGACAGUCUCAGCAAAGAACAGUUAAUUCAGAGAUUGCGAAGAAUGGAACGGAGUUUAAGUAGCUACAGAGGAAAAUAUUCUGAGCUUGUUGCAGCUUAUCAGAUUCUUCAUAGAGAGAAGAAAAAGCUACAAGGUAUAUUAAGUCAGAGUCAGGAUAAAGCACUUCGGAGAAUUGGAGAAUUAAGAGAGGAACUUCAAAUGGAUCAGCAAGCAAAGAAACAUCUCCAGGAGGAGUUUGAUGCAUCUUUAGAGGAAAAAGAUCAGUAUAUCAGUGUUCUUCAGACUCAGGUUUCUCUCCUAAAACAUCGGUUACAAAAUGGCCCAAUGAACGCUGAUUUACCUAAACCACCGCUUUUGAUGGAGUCACAGACUGAAGGUGUCACUAAAGAAGAGAAUGCAGAGAGUAACAUUGAGCCAGUAGUGGGAGAUGGAGUUUCUUCUAAAACAUUGGAAACACUUCAGCAAAGAGUUAAGAGGCAAGAGAAUCUUCUUCAGCGGUGCAAAGAAACAAUUCAGUCGCAUAAGGAACAAUGUACACUAUUAACAAAUGAAAAAGAAGCACUCCAAGAACAAUUAGAUGAGAGACUCCAAGAACUAGAAAAGAUGAAGGAGCUUCAUAUGGCUGAGAAGACUAAACUUAUCACUCAGUUGCGUGAUGCAAAGAACUUAAUUGAACAGCUUGAACAAGAUAAGGGAAUGGUAAUAGCAGAGACUAAACGUCAGAUGCAUGAAACCCUGGAAAUGAAAGAAGAAGAAAUCGCUCAACUCCGUACCCGCAUCAAACAGAUGACUACUCAGGGAGAGGAAUUACGAGAACAGAAAGAAAAGUCUGAGAAAGCUGCUUUUGAGGAACUUGAAAAAGCCUUGAGUACAGCCCAAAAAACAGAAGAAGCACGGAGAAAACUGAAGGCAGAAAUGGAUGAACAAAUUAAAGCUAUUGAGAAAACAAGUGAGGAGGAGCGCAUCAGUCUUCAGCAGGAAUUAAGUCGGGUGAAACAAGAGGUGGUGGAUAUAAUGAAAAAAUCCUCAGAAGAUCAAAUCACUAAGCUUCAGAAGCUUCAUGAAAAGGAGCUGGCCAGCAAAGAGCAGGAAAUGACCAAGAAGCUUCAGGCUCAAGAAAGGGAAUUUCAGGAGCAAAUGAAAGUAACUCUUGAAAAGAGUCAAUCAGAAUAUCUGAAGAUCACCCAAGAAAAAGAACAGCAAGAAUCGUUGGCCCUGGAGGAGCUAGAGUUGCAGAAAAAAGCAAUUCUCACAGAGAGUGAAAAUAAACUCCACAACCUUCAGCAAGAAGCAGAGACUUACAGAACUAGAAUUCUUGAAUUGGAAAGUUCCUUGGAAAAAAGCUUACAAGAAAGCAAAAAUCAGUCAGAAAAUACAGCUAUCAAUUUGGAAGCUGAAAAAAAUAAGCACAAUAAAGAAAUCACAGUCAUGGUUGAAAAGCACAAGACAGAGCUGGAAAGUCUGCAGCAGCAACAGGAUAACCUAUGGACUGAAAAACUCCAAGUUUUAAAGCAAGGGCAUCAGACAGAAAUGGAAAAACUUAGAGAAAAGUAUGAGCAGGAAAAGGAAACAUUGUUGAAAGACAAAGAGAGUCUCUUCCAGAACCACAUAGAAGAGAUGAAUGAAAAAACAUUAGAAAAGCUUGAUGUGAAGCAAACAGAACUGGAGUCACUAUCUUCUGAACUCUCCGAAGUAUUAAAAACCCGUCACAAGCUAGAAGAAGAACUUUCUGCCUUAAAGGUUCAAGCAGAUCAAGCGAAACAGGACUUCGAGGCCAAGCUGGAUGAAGAGAGAAACCAUCACCAGCAGCAAGUUGACAGUAUCAUUAAGGAACAAGAGAUAGCUAUCCAGAGAACUGAGAAAGCAUUAAAAGAUGAAAUUAACCAACUUGGACUUCUUCUAAAGGAAAAAGACCAGCAUUUGAAAGAGCUUCAAGCUCAUGUGGAGAAUUUAGAGGCAGAUAUUAAAAGGUCUGAAGGGGAACUGAAGCAGACUUCUGCUAAGCUGGAUCUUUUUCAGUCAUACCAGAGUACCUCACAGGAACAGGCAAAAGCAUCUGAGGAACAGAUGGCCCAAUUGCAGAAAAGGUUGCUGGAUUUAGAAUCAGAAAGACUGUUUCUUAGCAAACAGGUAGCUGAAGUUGAAAUGCAAAAGAAAGAUAUUAGUAUUGAGUUAGACAAUCACAAAAUCCAGGUGCAGGAUUUAAUGCAGCAACUUGAAAAACAAAAUAGUGAAAUGGAGCAAAAAGCAAAAUCUCUAACUCAACUCUAUGAGUCCAAACUUAAAGAUAAUAAUAUAGAGCAGGAACAGACAAAGACAAGUUUGAUGGAAAAGGAAAAUUUAAUUUCACAAAUGAAAGAAGAACAGAACAAGGAAGUUGAGAUACUUAAACAGAAAUUGUCCGCCAAAGAAGGCAGUAUUGGUACUUUGCAUGAGGAAUAUGAAACAAAAUUUAAAAACCAAGAAAAAAAGAUGGAAAAAAUUAAGCAGAAAGCAAAGGAGAUGCAAGAAACAUUAAAAAAGAAAUAUCAGGAUCAGGAAGCCAAACUUAAAAAAGAACUUGAAAAUACUGUUCUAGAGCUUAGUCAGAAAGAAAAACAGUUCAAUGCCAAAAUGUUGGAAAUGGCACAGGCUAACUCAGCUGGAAUCAAUGAUGUAGUGUCAAGACUGGAAACGAACCAGAAGGAACAAAUAGAAAGUCUUAGUGAGGUACACCAACGAGAACUCAAUGAUGUCAUAUUAAUCUGGGAAAUGAAACUUAAUCAGCAAGCUGAAGAACUUCGGGAAAAACAUGAAAUUCAAUUACAGGAAAAACAACAAGAAAUGACGGAUCUGAAACAGAAGAUCCUCCUCCUUGAGUAUGAAAAAGAAGAGAUGAACAAGGAAAUAGUGUGGCUGAAGGAAGAUGGUGUUAAGCAGGAUACAAUAGUAAAUGAAUUACAGGAACAGUUAAAGCAGAAGUCUGCUCAUUUACACUCUCUCACACAAAAUGAAGACAAACUGAAAGGACAACUUGAAAAACUAGACAUGGACCUGAAACAUUCUCUGAAGGAAAACACUAUUCUUCAAGAGCAGCUAAUUGAGUUAAAGACACUUGCAGAACAAGAUAAGCUUAAGGUUUGUGAGCUGACUGACAAAUUGAAAGCCACAGAGGAAGAAUUCCAGAGUUUGAAAUCUUCACAUGAAAAAAAUAAGAAAAGCUUAGAAGAUAAAAGCUUGGAAUUCAAGAAACAGUCUGAGGAGCUAGCAAUACAGUUAGAUACUUAUUGUAAGAAAACUGAAGACUUACUACAAUCUAAAACAAAUGAGUUGGUCAACAUUAGUAAUAGCAAAAUUAAUGUCAUUCUUUCUAGAAUUUCUCAUUGUCAACUUCAUACAGCUAAAGUUAAGGAGACACUAUUAAUUCAAACUUGCAAAGUUUCUGAAUUAGAAGCACAGCUUAGACAGCUAACAGAAGAGCAAAAUGUCCUAAAUAGUUCUUUUCAACAGGCAACACAUCACUUAGAAGAAAAAGAAAAUCAAAUUAAGAGUAUGAAGGCUGAUAUUGAAGGUCUUGUAACAGAAAAAGAAGCCUUACAGAAAGAAGGAGGCAACCAGCAACAGGCUGCCUCUGAAAAGGAGUCUUGUAUCACACAGCUAAAGAAAGAGUUAUCUGAAAAUAUCAAUGCUGUCACUUCGAUGAGAGAAGAUCUUAAAGAAAAAAAGUCUGAGAUCAGCUGUCUUAAUAAACAGCUAGCAGAUUUGAACGAUCAGCUUCAGAAUAGUAUUAGUGUAGUGGAAAAAGAAGCUGCCAUUUCAUUACUAAGUAAGCAGUAUGAUAAAGAACAACAAGGGUUGCUGGAGCAGGUGCAGAAUUUAUCUUUGAAAGUUGAUACUCUGAAUAAAGAGAAAAAUUCUGCUCUUGAGCAGGCAGAUCACUUGUCUAACAAAUUUUCAGAAUGGAAGAAGAAAGCACAGUCAAGACUUACACAGAAUCAAAAUGCUAUUAAAGAGUUGCAGAUGCAGCUUGAACUAAAAACAAAGGAAACCAGUGAAAAGGAUGAGCAGAUAAAUUUAUUGAAGGAAGACCUUGGUCAGCAAAGUAAAAGAUUUGAGUGUUUAAAGGGUGAAAUGGAAGAUAAUAAAAGUCCAAUGGAGAAGAAGAAGUGUAAUUUAGAGACUGAGCUAAAAACUCAAACAGCAAGGAUUGUAGAGUUAGAGGAACACAUAACUCAGAAAGCAAUUGAAAUUGAGUCUUUAAGUGAAAUCCUUAAAAAUUACAAUCAACAAAAGGAUGUUGAACAGAAAGAACUGGUUCAGAAACUUCAACAUAUUCAAGAGUUAGGAGAAGAAAAAGAUAACAGGGUUAUAGAAGCUGAAGAAAGGGUCUUAAGACUUGAAAAGCAAGUGUCUUCCAUGAAGUCUGAACUUGAAACUAAGAAUAAAGAAUUGGAGCAUGUGGAUUCAAGUGUGAAAGGAAAAGAAGAGGCAUUAAAGGCGCUGGAAAAGAGACUCGAGUUGGAAAGUGCUGCAAAAUUAGCAGAACUGAAGAAAAAAGCUGAACAAAAAAUUGCAGCCAUUAAGAAACAGUUGUUGUCUCAAAUGGAAGACAAAGAACAGCAAUAUAAAAAAGAUACAGAAAGCCACUUAAGUGAACUAAAUAGAAAAUUGCAGGAAAAAGAGAAGGAAGUUCUCAUCUUGGAAGAAAAAUUUAAGUUAGUAGAAAGUUUACCACAAUCAGAAGCAUCAUUUAUACCCAAGUCAGCAAAAAAUAUGAUAGUAGGUUCCAAACAAGAAGGAGCAAAUUUUCAAGACUCUGUGCAGAAGGCAUCUGAAGAAAAAAUUAGUGCUUUACAAAUAAAUUUAACUGAAAAAGAAAAGGUAUUACAGAGACUAGAGCAGGAAAAAGAAGAAACAAUGUUUGCUCAUUCUGAAAUGCAGUGCAAAUACCAGGAACUCUUAGAAAAGUUAGAACAUGCUGAAAUAAAGCAACAUGAAGAUCAAGUUGUGAUAGAUCAUCUUAAAGAAGUACUUGAAAAAAACAACUAUUCCUUAGUAAUAUCCCAGCAUAUGGAAGAAGGAGGGAAAAAUAAAACAGAGGCAAAGCAAACUUUGGAAACUGUUGCUGACAAUGUCCAGAAAACUCUCCAGGAGAAGGAACUAACCUGUCAGAUCUUGGAGCAAAAGAUAAAAGAGCUGGAUUCCUGCUUAGUAAGAGAGAAGGAAGUACAUAGAGUUGAAAUAGAAGAGUUGACCUCAAAAUAUGAAAAAUUGCAGGCUUUACAACAGCAGAUGGAUGGAAAAAAUAAACCCACAGACGUUCUGGAAGAAAGUGUUGAAAACAAGUCAACAUCACAUGUGGUGCAACCCAAAUUGGUUGGUAACACGGAGUCCCAGGGCAGUGACCUGGAAUUUAAAUUAGCAGCGGCAGAACGGGAAAAGCAGAGACUGGGCAAGGAGAUUGCUAAAUUGCAGAAAGACCUUCGAAUGUUGCUGAAGGAGCAUCAGCAAGAAUUGGAUCUGGUAAAGAAAGAAUGUGAACAAGAAUUGGAAGAGAAAAUCAAAUUGGAGCAAGAAGAUCUUCAGUGGAAACACAAUUCCACAUUAAAGCAGCUGAUAAGGGAGUUUAAUACACAGUUAGCACAAAAGGAGCAGGAUCUGGAAAUGACCAUUAAAGAAACCAUCGAUAAGGCCCAGGAGGUGGAGGCUGAGCUUUUGGAAAGUCAUCAAGAAGAGACAAAUCAGUUACAUAAAAAGAUUGCAGAGAAGGAAGAUGAUCUAAAAAGAACAGCCAAAAGAUACGAAGAAAUCCUUGAUGCUCGUGAAGAAGAAAUGACUGCCAAAGUUAUGGACCUACAGACACAACUGGAGGAGCUGCAGGAGAAAUGCCAGCAAGGGCAGCAUCCGCAGGAGGAAAGCCCUGAUAGUGAUAAUAUAACAAUUGCAGAGCUGCAGACACAGCUGGCACAGAAGACUACUCUUAUCAGUGAUUCAAAGUUGAAAGAGCAGGAGUUCCGAGAACAGAUCCACAAUUUACAAGACCGUUUAAUGAAAUAUGAGAAGAACGUAUAUGCAACAACUUUGGGGACACCUUACAAAGGUGGCAAUUUGUACCAUACGGAUGUCUCACUCUUUGCAGAACCUACCGAAUUUGAGUAUUUGCGAAAAGUGCUUUUUGAGUAUAUGAUGGGUCGUGAGACUAAGACCAUGGCAAAGGUUAUAACCACUGUACUGAAGUUCCCUGAUGACCAGACUCAGAAAAUUUUAGAAAGAGAAGAUGCACGGCUAAUGUCAUGGCUCCGAUCUUCAUCUUGAAGAAAUGGGGAGAAUGAUGUUGGGCAAGCCUGCUGCUUGGAAGAUUGUCCACAUUUGUAAUUCUUUGAGAAUGAAGCUGUUAUUCAGGGCCUCUCGUGUAGCCAAAAGACCAAGAAAAAUAUGACAUAAAGGCUCACAGAUACACUGCAGACUUCCUUUAAAAUAGAAAGGAUCAGUGGAGAAAUGCUGACAAGGUUUUUUUUUUCUUUUUACAGUUUUAUGUUGGGAAGAGUUUUAUGUUGUUUAAAAGAUAUUUUUACUAAGUUAACCUGAUUUAUGAGUUCACUUAAUAUUCCCACUAUCCCAUUUGGCCUUCUUUUUAGAGAGCUGCUUGCCUUUCCUAUUUAUUUUUAAGUUGAUUUAAGAGAAAAGACUUGUGCAAUAUAUUUUGAGGUGAGACUUAGUGGGUUUUUUUCUGAUAAAUUAGAGCAUUUAACUGAUUAUUUUUUCCAGAUUGAUUUGUUAAAUAUUUGCUAAAGACUAGCUCUUUAAGCUAUGACGUGAUAAAUCCAAAUGGCAGUACCUCAUUGUUUACUUACCUUUUGUACUUACACUUUUUAGAGCAAACAACACUACUGUAAAUUGUAAAUAGUCAGUACAUAGUUGUAUGCAGAUCUGUGACUACUGACAAUGUCAUCUUGAAGGAACAGAUAAUAAAGUUUAUUUACUGUAUAA